GUCGCGCGCGUCUCAGCGACAGCUGAAGGACUACAUUGGAAAGAGGUAGCCUGCUCGAAUGACGAACUCGGUGACUGUGAAGGAAAUCAUUAUGAUUGCGCUGGACCUACAUGAAUCCCAGAGAGGCACAUCUCUGUCAAUAUGCCUUUUUCAGUAGAUUAAACGCGCACUUCUAGAUAUUGUUCAGAAAUGGAAAACGUUACGCACAAUCAACCCAACACUCACCAACAAUGCAACGACAGCGUGGACACGUAUCCCUCCAAUUCUACGAGCAGAAGCGAAUGCCGUCCACCUGAAGAGUUCCCAGUUCAAGUUGAUUUCUAUGUGGUUCUGCCCAUAGUUUACUCAGUCAUUUGCGCCGUGGGACUGACUGGGAACACGGCCGUUAUUUAUGUCAUCCUUAGGGCACCCAAAAUGAAAACAGUCACCAAUAUGUUCAUCUUGAACCUGGCCAUUGCAGAUGAGCUGUUCACGCUGGUGCUGCCACUCAACAUAGCAGACCAUCUAUUGAACUGUUGGCCCUUUGGCGAGUUGCUCUGCAAGAUUAUAGUGAGCAUUGACCACUACAACAUAUUUUCCAGCAUCUAUUUUCUGACCGUCAUGAGUGUCGACCGUUACCUAGUGGUCCACUGCACCGUCAAGUCCAAACGCAUGCCAUACCGCACGUACCGAGCAGCCAAAAUUGUCAGCCUCUGUGUGUGGAUCUUGGUGAUAGUCAUAGUCAUGCCGUACACCGUGUUUGCAGGAGUCUAUGAAAAUCCGUACGCAUUCAGCAGGAAAAGCUGCCUGUUGCUUUUCCCCAGUCCGGAACACUUGUGGAACAAAGCAAGUCGGAUAUACACUCUCAUCCUGGGCUUUGCCAUUCCUGUGUCCACCAUCUGCAUUUUGUAUACAAUGAUGCUCUAUAGACUCCGGAACAUGCGUCUGAACAACAAUGCUAAAGCCUUGGACAAGGCGAAGAAGAAAGUGACUGUCAUGGUGUUUAUCGUGGUGGCAGUUUGCUUAUUCUGCUGGACACCUUUCCACCUGAGCACCAUAGUUGCCCUGACGACUGACCUGCCUACCACCCCCCUCUUGAUUGGAAUGUCCUACUUUAUGGUCUGCCUGAGUUACGCCAACUCCUGUCUGAAUCCAUUUCUGUACGCGUUCCUGGAUGACAGUUUCAGAAAAGCGUUUAGGAAAAUGGUUGAAUGUUAGCCAGGUCGAAAAUGAAUGUAGAACCACUUUUCUGAAAGGCAGUGAAUGGACAUGCAGAGAGUAAAUUCCAAGCUGUAAAAUAGUAAAAUACUGUACUGCAUUUAAUUUGCUCUGUAUCAAACGAGAAUGCAAUUCAUACAUGCGUCUUUUCAGAGCCACAUGAGCGCUCCUAUUUCAUUCAUAGUGUGAGCAUUUGUCGCCCGCUUGCGGUGAAAAUAGCAAAUGAACUUCAGCAGCCUCUCAGUGUGGAUCCGAUGAGGGCAAUGGGACCCCAACAGCAUAAUCAACACUUAAAAAUGAUAUUCAAGGCAUGGCUUUGUCAUAGUAUAGGCUAUACGCUGACUUAAAUACUUAUAUGUACAGGCUGUAUAUGCUAUUUUACAUUUUACGCAGUUUGUGACUUUCUGGAUUUAAUAACAACAGGAGGACAUUAUUUAGCUAAAUGCAUAAUCACAUUGUGAGAAAGGGAGCUUUAUAUGAUUCAAGUUCAGCUUGUCUUAAAAGUCUGUUUUGAACUAGGCCUACUUGACGUAGGAAUAUAGGUUACACACAGUGCUGGAGGAGAACCCGGUUUGCACCUGUGGUCACACAAGCCCUUGUCAUGCUUUUCAUUGUGGCAAAAAAUAAAUGGCUGGAAUCAUUCACUUGGAUGAUUUGCUAUAUUUGUAUUCUAUCUAUUUGUCUUGCCAAACAUGUGACUCAAACAGAUUGUUAAUUCAAACAGAUAAAAAAAAGAUAUAGGCCACUGGUACCAAAUGGGAUGAUAAUAAUGUUAUCAAAUGGGAUGACAUGAUUUUGCUGAAUUUUGUUUGUUUUUGCUCUAUCUCUGCUUAAAAAUAAA